GCAACAUUUUUGUGUGAUUACUUUUUGCUCAUACGCAUAACCUCUCCAAGAAGUCCCUCUCUCUCAAAAAGAUCAUGAAAAUCUCUCGCCAGUGAAGCUCACGUACGGCGCUUCUUCUUCCUCUCUUUCUCUCUCUUCGAAAUGGCUCCGGAGAUCGGCGGCAGCGACGGCGGCGACGCCAAAUCCGCAUCGAAUCCGAUCAAGACGAUCGUGGUUCUAGUUCAAGAGAAUCGAUCCUUCGACCACAUGAUCGGCUGGAUGAAGACUCUAAAUCCAGAAAUCGACGGUGUCUCCGACGAAACUCAAUUCUCGAACCCUAUCUCCACCUCCGAUCCAAAUUCCCCCUCUCUCCACUUCGGAAACGCCUCCGCCUUCGUCGAUCCCGAUCCCGGCCACUCAAUCCAAGACAUCUUCGAGCAGAUCUUCGGCCAGCCGUGGUCCGCCGCCGCCGCCGCCCAAUCAUCGAGCGCGACGAUGCGCGGAUUCGCACAGAACGCCGAGCGGAUCGGGAAGGGAAUGUCGGCGACGGUGAUGAACGGAUUCCGACCGGAGGCGGUGCCGGUGUUCAAGGAGUUGGUGUCGGAGUUCGGAUUGUGCGACCGGUGGUUCGCGGCGGUGCCGGCGUCGACGCAGCCGAAUCGGCUGUACGUCCACUCGGCGACGUCGUUUGGACUGAGUAGUAACGAUACGAAGCAGCUGAUCGGAGGACUUCCGCAGAAGACGAUCUUCGAAUCGUUGGAUGAGGAAGGAUUCAGUUUCGGGAUUUACUAUCAGUAUCUUCCGACCACUCUCUUUUACCGGAAUCUAAGGAAAUUGAAGUACGCGAAGAACUUCCACCAAUUCGACAUCGAUUUCAAGAGCCAUUGCAGAGAAGGAAAGCUCCCAAAUUACGUAGUGAUAGAACAGAGGUACUUCGAUUUGGCCUCAAUUCCCGGAAACGACGACCAUCCUUCUCACGACGUUUCAGAAGGCCAAAAAUUCAUCAAACAAGUCUACGAAGCUCUGCGAUCCAGCCCUCAGUGGAACCAUAUCCUGUUCCUCAUCACCUACGACGAGCACGGCGGUUUCUUCGACCACGUCCCGCCGCCGCUCGCCGGCGUCCCCAAUCCCGACGGCCUCGUCGGUCCUCCGCCGUACAAUUUCAACUUCGAUCGCCUCGGAGUUAGGGUUCCGACUCUGUUUAUUUCGCCCUGGAUCGAACCGGGAACUGUGUUGCAUAGGGCGGAAGGGCCGGAUCGGACGUCGGAGUUCGAGCAUUCGUCGAUUGCUGCGACGGUGAAGAAGAUUUUCGGUCUGAAGCAGUUCUUGACGAAGCGCGACGAGUGGGCGGGCACUUUUGAGAUUGUUCUUAAUCGGCAGAGUCCAAGAACAGAUUGUCCAGUGACGUUAAACGACGCGGUGAAAUUACGGGACGUUGGGGCGAAUGAGACGAGGCAGAUCAGCGAGUUCCAGGAGGAGAUAGUACAGUUAGCAGCAGUACUGAAAGGAGAUGCCGAUAAGGAAAUAUAUCCCUAUAAACUGGUGGAGAAAAUGUCAGUUUCUGAGGCAGCUUCUUACUGUGAAAAUGCAAUGAAGAGUUUCUUGAGAGAGUGUGAGAAAGCCAAGGAAAAUGGAGCUGAUGAGUCUCAGAUUGUUGUCUGUGGAAGCCAACCUCAGCUUUCUAAUCACAAGCCCAAAUCUUUUGCUCGUAAGUUGGUUUCCUGCUUGGCCUGCCAUCAUUAGAUUGAAAAAUAUUGUUCAUUUUUUGGUUGUUUUGGAAAGUUAAUGCACCAUAUUUUGGUUUGAUUUUUGUUGGUUG